AUUGCGGACCAUGGCCUCUUUGUUUAAGGGCAUAGUACUCCUCGCCUCGAUCGCCACUUUCGCCUACUCUUUUUACGUGGUCGGGCAUCUUGUGCUCUUUCUAUCGUCUCCUCGGUCCAUUUCCAAGGAAUGGAAUUGGGUUUUUAAUCUACUGGAUAACAAGUCCCGUCUGCACACUGCCUAUGGACCGGUAGUCUUCGACACACUCUACUUGAUUGGAUUCAUAUUUCAGCACAGCUUCCUUAAGUCAGCAUUCGUUAAAAAACUCCUGGCCAAAUUGGGUUUGGCUGGGGCUGAGCGAACUAUUUAUAGUCUGACGUCAUCGAUUUGUUUACAUUAUCUAAUCCAAAACUGGCUGUCAGCGCCGUCCAUUGUCCUAUGGCAAGUUGAUGUUGAGUCGAGUGCUCCUCUUUGGUGGACCUUUGUGAUCACCCACGGAAUUUGCUGGAUUGUGAUCUUCGGCGGUAGUUUGGUGAUGGAUCUGCCCGAAUUACUAGGCGUUAAGCAGGCAUACUAUGACUUAAAGGCUUAUGGAGAACCACUUAAGUACAAAUCCAACGAAUUGCGCAAUUUAUACGCGCAUGUCAGGCAUCCGUCCUUCGUGGGUCUAUCCCUCAUCCUGUUGGCCACUAACGUGAUGAGUGUGGAUCGCUUGGUAUUGGCCGUGCUCCUUAUUAUUUAUAUGUAUGUGGCCUGGUCGACGGACCACAAGGAUGUGGAAUACCACAAACUGCAACUGCACCGCAAGAAGCUCGAACUGAAGACCCAGUAACUUAUACAUACAUAUCUUUAGUGUUAAGUUAACACGUUUUUGUGUUCGUUUGUAUUAAAAUCUAACUAAUUUUUGAUUACUUACAAAUUAAAUAAUCUUGUCAAAAAACUAA